AUGCCUCACAACCACAACAACAAGAAGCACCACAACAGGCAUGCCCACGAAUCGGCUACCUCCUCGGGCAUCAAAGACUAUGGUUGCUGGAAGGGCACACCCUUGAGCUUCACCGCCCAGACACUCGACCAGGACAAGUCUCCCCACAUCACGCUCAAGUUCAGCGACGGCUCGGGCACCAGAGAGGCAGACAUCAACGUGGCGUCCACCGACGCAGACCACGACCUCGUAUACUGGCUGAACCGCCAAUACAGCAACCUAACCUUCACCCAGCAGUUGACCUCGCUUUCGCAGGGCUUCCACCAAGCGACGGACGCUGCUGGCCAGGGCUUGUCGCUGGACUAUCUCCGCACGAAGCCUGCGCUCAUCGACCUGAGCGCUGGCCGUGUGCUACCUAACUCGGAGGAGGGACCGAAUAAUGAUAUUCUGGACCAGCUGGAGCCCAUCUUGAACGAUGCGAUCAAGGCCAAAGCAGACAUGUACCUCUUCGGAUCCGACUACGGCACGGGAAUCCACGACAUCCACAUGAACCAAGGAAACGAAUCCAACUUCGAGAGCGCAGUCGGAAAUGACGGCGCCAUCUUUUUCCACUACGCGAACGACGACGCCCAUUUCGAGGGUGUCUUUUUGGCGUUUGCCACACAGGAGGUGCCGACUGAUGACUCGACUGGGAAGCCUACGGCGGAUGCGCAGGCGCUGAGCUCGAUUGCGAAGGGCACUGCGACGAGUACCUAG